AUGACGGAUACGGUGAUCAAUGAUGAGCUUCUCGGGCGCAUCCAACGAGCAUUUGAAAAGCUUCAGACUCCAGGACUCGCCUUGACUGUAGUUCACGGCAAGGACAGCGGGGAUGGCAUACGAUGGAAUUCCCAGAUCGAGACUUGGGGUCGUAGGAAUGAUCAAGGGGAUCGAUUCGAUGGGCAGACCAUUUUUGGGAUUGGUUCUAUUUCAAAAUUCUCCGCUGUGUUGUGUGUCGGUCUGUUGAUUGAUCGGGGUACAAAGAUCGCGGAUGGAACGAAACUCUCGUGGAUGACAAGGGUCAGAAGUAUCCUUCCGUGGUGGGGUAUCGGACCGUAUCGAGAGGAUGGUGAAGCGUUUGGGUACGAUACUGGGCAGGAUGCCACAUUGCAAGAUCUCGCCGGGAUGAGGACUGGUAUGCCUAUACAUCUGGCCGCUAGGAGACCCAUCGAUCCUGAAGCUGCCCUCCGAAAUCAGCGACAUCUUCGUUCGUUCGCUAAGAUGCGAGAGACGUUUCUCUAUAACAACGAGAGCAUCUAUGCGUUGGCGCAUAUUGUGACUGUAUUCAGCGGGACUCGUUACCCUGAAUUCGUCAAGGAACACGUGUUCGACGCCCUUGGCCACACCAUCAUUGCCACUGACGGAUACCAAAGACGUUUGGUGGCUUCUGACUCGGGGUACACCCGCGGCUUGCCAGAGUCGAGCGGCUGGUGGACCGACACUGACGGCAAGUGGCUCUACAGUGGAGGAAUCUCCACAACGGCAGAUGACCUUGUCAUCUUCACGCGAGAGCUGUUGGACCCUCGUGUCCUGCCCAAGGCUGCAGUCGAGAGCAUCUUGACUCCGCUGACUUGCAUUCCGUCCCAUAUCGCAUUGAUACCCGGCUUUUCGACAAUUGCGAUGCACCCAGGCAGCAUGGUCGGUCAGUCCUCGGUCUUCGUACUCUCCCGCUCUCUCAAGUUCGGGCUCUGGGCAUAUGUCAAUGAAAGGGGCAUUGGAGCGAGUAUUCUACCUGCGCUUUGGCAGACUAUAUUGGACUUUGUAUGCGGUCUUUCGGACCAAGGGAGACUGAAAAAGCUAUCAGCAAACCCUCCAGCUCGACCUCUGCCCGAUCUGCCGGCAUUCGAGGCUCGUGAUCAUGAGACACAGCCAAAGGAUCUCGUGGGGAUCUAUCACGAUCCUGGGUAUGGUACCAUGACACUCGAAUCGUUCACAUCGGCUCCGGCGGAAGAUCAACGAGCCCUUGAGCUCGGAUGCAAGGGCGCGGGUCUCGAUUUGGAUCCGAAACGGAUGCUUUUCGUCAAGCACGGCGGUUUCUUCGUGCAUCGCGUGGUCUUCCAUCACGAGAAGGGACUCGUCUAUCGAUGGAUAACCUUUCUUUGCGCAAGAUCAAGCGGGGAUUAUAUUGCAGACGUAACAGGGACCGGUAGAGCGGUCUUCGUCCUUGGGGAUCGGCCGGGCUUUGGCAUGUUCGAUGGUUGGUGCGACUUGCUUGGGGCUGUCAAGGUGGCACCAUGUGAGGACGAUGUGGCAGCCCGGGCAGAGACGUGGUAUGAUAGGGUUGCGUAA